AUGACACUUGUGCCACUAAAGCAGACGCUGUGGAUCCUCUGGGUGUUUCUGAGCGCUGUAGCUGCAGAGGACAGUCCUUGUCCUCAGGGCGGUCAGGUCCACCUCUCCAGCCGGCGGUGCUUCUGGCUCUCUGUGAGUCCGUCCUCCUGGUCCGAUGCACAGGCUUCCUGCAGGGAGACUCAAGGAGGAGAUGUGGCCUCUGCUGAGAGCCCGGAGCUGCAGGAAUUCAUCCAUCACUCCUUUCCAGUGAAAUCCACUGUGUGGGUAUGGCUGAAAGGAUCGGGGGGAGAGGGGGCUGAUCAGACGGGUGUUAUGGAGCCAAGGAUUCCUGAAGAUAGUCCAGGGGGGUGUACUCAGAUGGCCCUGGGGACACUUGGUCAGUGGAGGAAGACUCAAUGUGCUGGACGAUACCUCUUCCUCUGUGAAAAGGAAGUAGCAGAGUCCUUCCAAUCUGUGGACAGUUACCUGACUGGGUCGGCUCUCAUGAGCGGCUUCUACGCUAAGACCCAGAUACAACCCUUACCCAGUGCUCCGGACAUCGGACAGCUCACCGUGGAGAUGCAGCUGUUCCCAGGUCUGUGGUUCAGUCACGCAGGUCAGCUGGUAUCAGUGGAGCUGGUGGUCCAACCCAACCCUGAGUCCUCUCUGGCCCGUGUCCAGAUCCUCCGACCUUACUGCAACCCCAACCACCACCUGGUUCCUCCAGGUUGCAGCGCCCUCCUUAAUCCUUUCAGCUGCUGCUCAGCAGUCCCGCUGUGUAACACCACGGGGGGCUGCAGCAGGGGUCAGUACUGGUGCCACCUGCUGGAGGCUUGUGUGUCCACCACUAGUCCCUGCAGCCCCUACGACUCUGCAAGGGGCCCGGGCUUUGCUUUACCUCCUAGAUAUACUGCAAUACAGCCCUUCUACCACCUGGUGGCGGACCUGCCUCUGAGAAUAAACCCGAGCUCGGAUCUGAAGUCUUUUAGCCUGCUUCUCCCGGAUCGAGCCAUCAUGGUGUACCCUGAUGAUAUCGUGGCGAUUCAACACACUCGCGACUCUGGGACUUUCUUACACUGCCUGAACAGUGACGCCUCUCUGAACUCCCCCUGGCGCCAAAGCUACAUGUCACUCAGGAGGAGGGCGGAGUGGGGAGGCUGGUGGGAGGGAGGCCUCACUUCCCUGCCUCAAAGAGCCCAGUGGGUGGACGGGGUGGUGUGUGAUCUGAGGAUGCUGUACGUCGACAAUCUUCACAGAGGUACCGAGCACGAUGGCUUCACUGAAAGAGAGACGACCACAGUCUUAGAUAAUUGGGCCCUCACAACCGGUCCUACUCCGCGUCUGGGAUCUAAAUUUGAUCUUAACAUCAUCCAUCCUGUGCCAGAUGAAAAGAACCAGAUUCACGUCCAAAUUAACGUCCCAACGCUCAUUGUAGUCAAGGUCCAGUUUGGCGAAAAAGCCAGGAGCUCAUGGUCAGCCCCAGUUCUUCAGACGGGGGUCCCCUUCGUUGCAUCUUGCCCCGAAGAAGUCGCUCAGUCCUGGGAUGGGUGUAAGCGACAGUCCCAUGAUGCCUGGUUCUCCUCUGUGACCCUGGUGUUGAAUUCAGUCGGGGUUCAAACUCUGAACAUCGGUGUGAUGGACACAGAAAGCUCUCAGAGUGUGAGUGUGAGUGUGAGUGUUUGCAGCUAUGAGGAAGUCACGGGGCUAAGUGUUGAGCCGCAUGGGUGCCGGAGGAUGCUCGUAGACACUCAACAGUCAUUUAUAGCCAAAGUGGAGAGUGGUUCCUCAGUAAAGUUCACUUGGCUGAUUGACUACCUGGAGAACUUAGCCCAUGAAGGAGACUCUUACAUCGUGAUGUUCAAGAAACCUGCCGAGUAUAAACUCAGGGUGACCGCUUCCAACCCUGUGAGCUCCCAAAGCCAACAAAUCCUCCUAACUGCUGAUGAAAUGACCCCACUGUCCGAUCCAGAGUUCCUGUUAGAGGAGGUCAUAGCUGUGGAUGCUACACACCUCUACACUCUCAGGGUCAAAGUGGACAUCUCCCUGCCGGUCACCUUCAGGUGGGAUUUUGGGGACGGCAGUAGCCAGGUGAUCCACACCCAGUCUGCUUCAUGCCAGAUCAUGGAAGGGCUCAAGGAGAGAGGAGAGAAACAAGUGUACGUCCAGGACUCGGUGAACUAUACCUAUCCCAUCCCAGAUGACUACCUACUUCACGUCCAAGUCUCCAACCAGUAUGACAGCACUGACGCCUCCACGGAGAUAAGGGUUCGCCCUGAAUUUAAUCGCCUCCUCAUUUCCUCCAACCUUGCCGUGCCUCUCGUCAAUCAGACUCUUAUUGUGGAAGCUUCCGCAGAGCCCCCCUCCUUCGCUGUCGUCUACACGUGGGACUUUGGAGACGGCUCUGAAGCUCUCCAAAGCAUCCAAAGUAAAGUCAACCACAGUUUCGACUCUGCAGGGGUUUAUAACGUCUCAGUGUGUGCCAACAACACCCUGACAGCACUGAACACCUGGAUAAUGGUGGAAGUUAUGGAAGAAAUCUCUGGAUUAACGGUCAGCUACAACGGACCCAGUGAACAAAAUUCUGCCACAGAUUUCCGAGCUACAGUGGUCACAGGUACGAGUCUAACGUGGGUCUUUGACUUUGGCGAUGGAUCCCAUGAGGUAAACCAUUCAGAUGGCUCCAUCACCCAUGUCUAUGCAUUACCAGGAAACUAUACGGUUGAUGUAACUGUCUCGAAUACUGUCAGCCAAGCCCAUCAGUCCAUCAGUGUGGAGGUCUACCGGUUGGCUGUAAGUGGAGUUCUCCCUACAGCAUGUGUCAUGAGUGGAAAGGACAUCCAGUUUACUGCUCUUGUGAAUGGGAACAUAUCCAAUCUGACUUUCCAUUGGCUGUUUCAAGACGGAUCACCUCUGACUCUAGUGAGGGGGCAUACUACAGCCUUGCACACCUUCCUAAACCAAGGGAUUUGUCAAAUUAGUCUGAGUGUUUUGAGUUCUGUUUCAUCUGUAUCCUAUAAUACAAGUAUCUGUGUCGAAUCGCUGAUAACCAACGUAACGGUGCAGCCAUCAAAGGAAGUAGGUGCAGUAGGGGAAGAGUUAUGCUUCAAGGUGUUGGUUUUACCUGAUCAGAUCAAUGGUUACCAAUUUAACUGGAUUAACAGCUCCUCUAGCCUCAUUGCUGUCACAGAAAAUGCUCAGAAGUGUUUUAUCUUUAGGGAUGAAGGUGUGGAAGUGGUUUUAGUAACAGCAAGUAACAGCGUUAGCAUCAAAACAGCCAGAGCCAGUAUCACCAUUCAGAACCCUGUCCGUGACCUGUCUGUGGGGCAUGAUGGUGAAAGCACCACCCUGACAGUCAAUGCAUCAGCAUCAUUUUGGGUCGCAUCUUGCACUGGUAGCAAUGUGUCCGUGCUGUGGGACUUUGGAGAUGGAUCUCCUGUGGAGCAGGACAGAAACGUGUCACAUGUCUUUGCAUCGACGGGUGAGUUUACAGUCACCGCCACAGCAUUCAACGCUGUUAGCCGUGAUUCUGUGACCCUUAAAGUUAAUGUUUUAAAUGCUAUUUCAGAGCUUUCUCUUCACACCAACCAGCCGUAUGCUGUAGUUGGAGAAGAAACACUCAUCUCUGCAAUUAGCAGUGCGAUCAGUAGCACCAACUACUACUGGACUGUGGAUGGUAUAACUUCCAACAAACAAGGGAGUUAUCAGUUUAGAUUUGCUUUCCUGAAACCAGGAGUCUAUCACGUGAGGGUUAUAGCACAGAACUUGGUGAGUAGAAAGGAAGCGGCUAUCAUAAUCGAAGUAUUUGAAAGAAUAGAGGGUCUUCGGAUUGAAUGUCAGAACCUGAUAAAUGUUAAAUACGUGCCAACCCAGGAGGAACUAGUGUUCAUUGCUUCGAUCACUAAAGGCUCCGAUGUCACUUACGAAUGGCUAGCGACACAGAGCGCAAUAAGCCGACAGUUUACGGGUGAUGAAGAGCUUUUGCAGAUGGUAGCUGAAACUCCUGGUGGUAUUUCAGUUCAGCUGAGAGCUUCUAACAAGUUGGGUGAGGCCAUCAGCGUUGUUUCUGUAGUGGCAGUGCAGCGUGUUACAGGAGCCCACAUUACAACACGAUCAAACACUGUGGCGUUAGGGAAAGCGGUGAAUAUUUCAGUGUCUGUGGCUACCGGGUCAGACUUGGAGUACCUUUGGUAUUUCAGUCCUGGUCUUUCAGCUUUGCAGACACAUGCCGCCUUUCUUCUCCACACUUUUACAAGCGUUCGUCAUUGUUUCGUUAGAGUUUCAGUUCAGAAUGUCCUCAGCCGAUGCAAUGUCACCCAAGAGUUUAAUGUUCAGGAGGGAAUCCAAGAAGUGGACUUUAAAAUUGAAGGGAAGACGCAUCCGUUUUAUGCCACCGCAAGUUCUGCCGUGCAACUCCAAGGGAUUAUUCGGAAGGGUAGUGAUCUGCACUGGAGCUGGGAAGUAAGAGGUGCUAAUGUUUUGAAUUCUUUUGAUCAGACCUUCCUCUACACGUUUCCAUACACUGGCAUCUAUCAGGUGUCUUUGAAUGUGUCCAAUGGGAUAAACUGGGAGAUGGUUUCACACAAUGUCACGGUCCAGGAUGCAGUCGAGGGGCUAACGCUGAACCUUUCCAAGUCUUCUUUCUGCACGGAAGAACAAGUUACUCUUAUUCCAACAAUCUCCAAAGGAAGCAAUGUCAGCUUUGCUUUAACCUUUAGAAACCAGGACUGGACUCGUAGUCAGAGCCUUGUUGAUGGGUGCUUCACCACAUCAAGCCUCCCUGCAGGGGAGCAUGUAGUAACAGUGACAGGUUGGAACCAUGUCAGCAGCUCUGAGGUGUCUUCAAGUAUUCACGUCACUGAACAUAUUCAAGGUCUGCGACUUGUGAACUGUUGCUCUGAUGCCUUAGAGGCUCUGAAAGGAAUCAGGUUCAGGGCAGAAGUUCAAAGUGGACUUCCUGUAAACUACAACUGGAUAUUUAACUCAGGGUCAGAGCCCACAUUGCUCACAGGACAGGACGUGAUCUUUACUCCAGCAGAAAGUGGCUCACUAUCUGUUAGCGUGCUUGCUUCCAAUGGAGUCUGCUCAAAGACCAUAAAUGAUACUGCUUCAGUUCAGUGGCCUGUAAAGAAGGUCAGGCUUGUCUGUCGUUCAGGAAGGAUAUUUAUUGGACAUGCUGUCAGGUUUUCUGCACAAGUAAAAGGAGCGAGCAAUCCCAGAUACCUAUGGGACUUUGGAGACUCCACUGAGACAUUGAGAACAGACUUAAACACAGUCAAUCAUACUUAUUCGAAUCCUGGGAAAUACAUUGUUGUGGUUAAAGUUUUCAACAGCAUCAGCCACGUGUCCCGACAGCUACACAUACAAGUGGAGGAGCUCCUGUGUUCAAGCCCUCAAGUUUCUCUUAUCCAGAGCCAUUCGACUGUCUUCAGGUCUAGAAAGAGUUUCUUUGAAGCUAGCGUUGACAUUAGCUGCUCUGCUUACAAAGCCACGUACCUAUGGGAGGUACUCAAACACUCAGAUUGUACUGGAUCUUCUGGGAACAAAGUCCUUCUUGGAAGCCACAUCGAUGCAACCUCACCUUUUCUUUUACUCCCAAAGCAUACUCUCGAUUUGGGACAGUAUUGCUUGCUAUUCACCGUUUCCCUCCAGGGAACGCCUUUACUUGUCCAACGAAACACAAGCAUUACAGUAGUCUACUCAGCACUGGUCGCUGUCAUCAAGGGAGGAUCACACAGACUGUGGCCCAGUGACAGGGACCUCAUCCUGGACGGAUCUGAGUCUGAAGACCCUGAUGUAGAGCCAGGAGUGGAUGAUACACUGCAGUACCACUGGACCUUCAUGACUGUGAACUCAACCGAGUCUCAGUUUGCAAAGCAGCCUCAGAAGACUAACAGCAGUAAAAGGACGAUACUUGGCACUCAGUUGCACCCAGGCUCAGUCUACGUUUUCACCCUUACUGUACACAAGGCAGGGAGGAGUCCUGCCUCCGUCAACCAGACAGUGACUGUGAGUGGAGCUCCGGUGUUUCCUGUGGUUGUGGAUUGCGUGUCCUGCUCUCUUCUGUCAUCCCCUCACCAAAUAAGCUACACCAACCCCAUAAUCCUCUCAGGACAAUGUGGACAGUGUGACGAUCGAGCUCAGUACAAAUGGAGUGCUGAAGACCCGACUGGUGUGACCCUUGACCUGAAAGAGGUCUCCACAUCUACCAGCAGACGCUCUCCUAACUUGGUGGUGCGUUCAGGUGUCCUGCAGCCAGGGCAGAGUUACACCUUCACUCUCAAUGUAUCCCAGCCUGGCAGAGGGCGUUGGGGUCGCGCCAGCCUGACGAUACAGCCUAACAAUCCGCCGCAUGGAGGCCUGUGUGAUCUCAGUCCAGAGUCAGAUAUACGUCUGCUGGAGACGGUGGUCACCUACAACUGCUCAGGCUGGCAAGAUAAAGAAAGCAGGACCUCUCAGCUGAUCUAUACCUUCCAGGUAGCACCAUGCCAUCCCAACGGACCAGUGUGCCCCCUACUCACUCUGUACAGGGGUACUCGUUCAUCAUAUGGCAGCCUGGUUCCAAUGGGAAGUCCUGGGCAAGAAAGAAGCACAUCAGUUAUCUCAGUUACUCUGCUGGUAGAAGACCAUCUGGGGGCAAAAGUCAUUGCUCUGAACAGAAUGCUGACGGUUGAAACUCCUCCAAAGGACGCUGUUGCCAGUCAGUGGCUGAGAAACAAGAGCCAGACAGAGCUCUGGGCUUUGGUCCAACAAGGAAACCCUCAAGAGAUCAUCCCUUAUUCCAUCGCCCUCACCAGCCAGCUGAAUCAGUUGGAGGCUGGACAGACUGCCAUGACGCUGGGGGACAGAAGGGAGAUUCGGGAAAAUGUGACCCGAGCCCUGGCCUCUCUCCCCGUGUCCUCCAUGCUGAAUGUUGAUCAGAUCAGCUCUGCUUUGUCACUGUCUACUGCUGUUCCUGGUGAACUAGUUUGUGAAAAGUGCCUGGAGAAGGUUCUGGAAGCUGUGGGGAAGAUGAUCCAUGUCAUGGAGGAGCAGAUGAGUCCUGGUGUGUUGUCAGCUGUGGAAACCGGGACCAACAUCCUGAACAUCAUAGGUAGCACCUUAGUGGCUGUGUCCGUCAGACCGUUCAGUUCUGACCCGGUCUACACCACAACUCUUCAGUCAGCGUCCACUAACGUCCUGUUGGCGCUAAAUCAUGCAGGGGCCUUGAUGCGCUCCCUGAUGCAGUCCCGGGUUCAUGGACAAGCACCUCUUUCGCUGUCCAACGACUAUAUCAACACAGUGUCUUUCCAUGGAGACCCCUCUGAACUCCUCUGCACUCAAAAGUCCAACCAACACCCGAUCGUCCCCUCUCAUCGAUGUCCGUUCCACAUCCCGUCCUCCCUUACUGCUCACCUGCAGAAGCAGAAGUCUGAGGUGGUGCAGGUUCUGUUUGAUGCAGAUUUGGGAUCCAAUCUUUUCCUGACUGCAGCCGACCCUCCGAUCUCCACCGCUCUGGUUGCAAUGGAGCUCACGACGCCUCAGGGCCAACCCAUCCCCAUACGGGAUCUAGACCCCGAUCAAGCCAUACGGGUCACCCUGCCCAACAAGCACCCUGUGGGACAGGAGGAUGGGGGAGGAGCUGGGAAUGGGACUUGCCUGACUGUGAUGUUGCCUACUGAAGGGAGGCUGAACUUCACAGUCAAAGCUGUGGACCGACUGGAUGAAAACGCAGGGUUAUAUAUCUCCUUCAACUUCAGCCUGGACCCAGGAGUUACUCCAGUGAGUCUGGGACAUGUCAGGGUAGAUGUGAGCUCUGCAGUGCCGGGGACUGAUGCAUCCUGGGAUUCCCUGGUGAGAGAGUGGGAUCUAACUCUGUCUGCUGCGGCCCCCUCCACGGAGGAAACCAUCUUCCUGUCUCCACUUCUGAACCGGACGGACCAGCCUCUCUCCGUCCACCUGACCUCCUCUCUGGUUGCCGGUGUUCCAGUGCAUGUAUCGAUGUGUGUGUUCAGCUCAGUGUGUCAGUACUACAGCGUGCAGCAGCGGCGUUGGAGCAGCGAGGGUCUGCAACCUCUGGAGGGCAGCACCCUCCAAGCCGCCCACUGCCUCACCCAGCACCUCACCAUGUUCGGGGCCAGCCUGUUCCUCCAUCCCGGGGCCGUGGUGCUGCUGCCGCCGCCGGGGGGUCCGGUGCGGAACCUGCUGGUAGGGAUGGUGUGUGCCGUCCUGGUUCUGAUCCACCUGCUGGUGGGGCUCAUCGCUCACAAGCUGGACCACCUGGAGAGAUCCAGGCUGAGCCGGGUUCCUCUGUGUGGCCAACCGGGCCUCCAUCAGUACAGAGUGCUGGUGAAGACCGGCCGGAGGAGAGGAGCAGGCACCACGGCACAUGUUGGCAUCAGUCUGUAUGGAGUGAGUAAGAGCGGCGCUCGUCACCUGCAGAGGGACGGAGCGUUCCAGCGCGGCGGCCUGGACCAGUUUCACCUGGAGACAGACGACAACCUGGGAGAGGUCUGGAAGAUACGCAUCUGGCACGAUAACACGGGUCUGGACCCGUCCUGGUUCGUGCAGCAUGUGGUGAUCUGGGACCCUCAGACUGACCACAUGUUCUUCUUCCUGCUGGAGGACUGGUUGUCUGUGGAGAACCAGAAGAACGGGUCUGUGGAGAAGGAGGUUCUGGCCUCAUGUCCAGAGGAGCUUUCUCAGUUUCAUCGGGUCUUCUCCUCCCAGCUGAUGUUUGGGAUAGUGGAGCAUCACCUGUGGCUGUCGCUAUGGGAACGCCCCGCCCACAGCCGGUUCUCCCGGGCUCAGAGGGUCACCUGCAGCGCCGUCAUGCUGCACCUGUACCUGGCUCUGGGGGCGCUGUGGUACGGGGCCGUGAGCACCGAGGGCCACAGCGGCCCGGUGUCGGCCCGGCUGCCGGUGAACAUGGAGGCGGUUGCCGUAGGGAUGACGGUCGCUGCUCUGGUGUUUCCUCUCCAGUGUCUCCUCUCUUUCCUCUUCAGGAGGUCUCACAGCCAGGUAACCGUGGACCUGUCCGUCCCUCCUUCCCCCGUCUGUCACUCUGUGGAGAUGGACGUCUUCCUCGGCCAAUCAGAUCUCUCCGGCCCGUCCUUCCUGUCCCUGUCUGACUCCUCCGGCCCGCUCGGCGACAGCCCUUCAUCUUUGCUGGACAGCAAGGCUUUGGACUCCAGUAUUCUGGACUUCUGGGCUGCGUCUGGUUUGGCCCCGCAGAAAGAUGGAGUCGAUCAGGAGGGGGGUGUGGGAACAUGGCCGUCCUGUGACAGCCUCCUCAACCUCCCAGCAUGCUUCACCGAGACCCCCCCAACCCCCAUCCUCUGCAAGGCCUCACCUCCCCUCGGCUCAUCCAGGCAGCUGAGGAGGAAGAAGAACCUGCAGCUCCGCCUGGAUCCACCCGCCUCCACCGACUCAAGAAUGAAAAGCAACCUGGUGCAAGUUCACAGCCAGACUCUGGCAACUGUUCUCACUCUGUCUGAGGAGGAUCUGCUGAUGUCUAUAGCAGCAGCAGCAGAUACAAACCACAGCAACUCAGACAGCGGGCGGGACUCACCGAGAACCAUCUCCUCUCCUUCCCCCACCAGCAGCAGGUCCUGCAGCAGCUGGUCCGAGGUCAGCGAGUCUCUGCUUGCGGCUCAGACCCUCAGGACUGCAGGACUCUACAGGUCUCCCUCGGUUCUCUCCGUGGACUCGGUGGCCAGCACCUUCCUGCCCAGUCCGUCUCCAGACUCCACCCACUCCCCCUCCACCACUCGCAUAGGUGUAGCUCGAGGUCGACCCGGUCUGCUGCUCCCCCCCUGGGCUCUGAGAGUGAUUUACCCCCUGCUGGUUUUUCUUCUCGUGGCCUGCCUGGCUGUUAUCGGACUCUACGGCAGCUUCUUCUCCAGAUCAGUCGUCCUCAUGUGGCUGCUGUCCACUCUCUCCGCCCUCCUCGCCUCCGCUCUGCUGCUGGAACCUCUCAAGGUGUGUGUGCAGGCGCUGAUCUGCACGUUGGUGUGGAGGCCGGUGGAUCCGGAGGUGGAGGAUCAGCUGGCUCUGCAGAGCUCCGUGGUGGUGAGGGGGUUUGGAGAUCAUGGAGGGAGGGUCCGGCCUCCGUGUGGCUACAGUCUGCUGCAGGCUAAAGAGGAGGCGCGCAGAGUCCGAGCUCUGAGGUCACUCAUGAGGCGCUGUGUGUGCCAGCUGUUGUUCCUGCUGCUGGUGCUGAUGGUGAACUACCAGGCCGGGGUGGAGCAGAGUGAGGGCCGGCUGCUGGGAUCCUCCGUCAGACGGGAGCUUCACUCAGCACCCGGGGGGGUCCAGAACCUCACCUCACUCAGAGACUGGUCCAAUGUGGAGCAGUGGAUCCACCACACCUUGGUGCCUCACCUCCACAAGAAUCCGACCCUACAGCAUGUUGGAUCAGCCCGCCUGCAGCACACACACACUCUUCGUCCUCACUCACACACUCUCCAUCCUCUGGAAAUUGUGUAUCUGGGGAACAGCAGCGCAGCGACACGGCAGCUCCUCACUGACUUACAUGUGUCUGACUGGACCAGCGAACAGUUUAAAACCCUUUCCCUCGACUUCACGCACUUCCACAGAGAGUCCGGUUUGUUUGUGUGUGUGUCCGUAAAACUGGAGUGUGUUCAGUCACAGAGAGUCUCCUCCGUCCUCUCCAUCCAUCCCCUCCUCAUCCCUUCAUCUGACUCUGGACCCGACCUGCAGGCAGCACUGAUGGUGCUUCUUCUCAUCUCCGCUCUCCUCCUGUUGGUCGGGGAGUUGUGGUCGGUGUUUACGGAGCGCUCCCAGUAUCUCAGACGAUGCGGUCACUGGUUCCAGCUCCUCCUGGCCUCGUUAUCGUUAGCAACCUCCAUCCUGCAGCUCUGCUUCCUGUCCCAGGCUUCCAACUGUGUUUCUGAGCUCCGAUCCAAUCCAGAGAGCUUCAUCGACUUCCUGUCUGCGGCCCAGCUGUCAGAGAGGAGUUCUCAGUGUGCAGCCGUCCUGCUCACCCUGCUGGUUCUGAAGCUGCUGGGUACCCUGAGGUUUGUGCGGCGGUGGGGGGUGCUGGUUCAGGUCCUGCAGGGCGCGUGGAGGGAGCUGUGGGCGACGAGCGUCCUGUUGCUGCUGCUGCUGCUGCUCUGCACUCACCUCGGAAGCACGCUCUUCUCCCGCUCAGUGGAGGGUUUCCUGUCACUCCGUCAGUCCGGUGUCUCGGUGUUGUCUAUGCUCCGGGGCCGAGCGGCUCUCCGGACGCUCUGCAGGAUUCACCCGGUCCUGGGGCCACUCUACGGGCUGAUGCUGCUCGGGGGAGGCGUUUGGAUCCUGGCCCGACUCUGUGGAGCCGUCCUCAUCCUCGCAUACAGGGCGGAGAGGGCUCAGCUGUACCGGCCCACCUUUGAGCCUCAGGACUACGAAAUGGUGGAGUUCUUCAUCAAGAGGCUCAAGCUAUGGAUGGGACUCUCCAAAGCUAAGGAGUUCCGGCACAGCGUGAAGUUCGAGGGUAUGGACGGGCCUCCUUCGCGGUCAUCGCAGGAAUCCCGUCUCUCCAACUUCACUUCUUCCCCUUCCUCCUCUUUCUCCUCCCCCCGUCCCCCAUCCUCAUCUCUCUCUGUGAGGUCCGAAGACUCGACGGCGUCCGACGUGCAGCCGUACUUGGAUCGCCUGCUGCCUUGCGUCACCGCGCUGCUCUCUCGCUUCGAUCAGGUCAACCAGGUCAUGGAGGACGUUCACAACCUGGAGAUCAAACUAGAAGAGGCUCAGGCAAGACGGAGGAGGAUCAGUGAGGAGGGAAAACGUGCGGAAAAACCCAAGGAAGUGAAGGGAGACGGAAAGGAAGCAGUGAGGGAAGUGAGACACAGGAAGAUUGGUCUACUUCACCCCAAAGUCUCACUUCCUUCCUCGUUCUACGCCGCCUCCUCCUCCUGCAGACUCCCCCGUGCACGCAGCACCUUCUCCGAGUCUGAAUCGGCCCCCUAUCAGCCUCACGCAUCCUGCAACAACCCCACUGGACUCUGCGGUUUGCAUCCUGCAGCUUCUCUGGGAAAUGGCCCGCUGCCCAGGAGGAGAGCAUGGCAUUCUGGGAGCUCUCACUCAGCCGAUGCAGCGCAGAGGAUCCUCCAGACGCAAGAGGGUGUUGGAGGGGAAUACUUAGCAUUCACAGACAGACCCAGGAGCGAAGAAGGGGUCAGACUGCAGGCCAGCGAGGGGGUCCCGGUGAAGAGGAAGGCGUGGACAGAGCAGGACUGAGGUUGAUCUGGGUCUAAACUGAUCCUGCGUGUUGCUUCUCUGGUAGGAAACAAUGAGAAAGCACUAACUCUUCCUCGAUAAGUUGGGAUAUUUUAACCACAAAUGCUCAGAGAAGUUGCACGAAAAACAGCAGACGCUGGGUGCAUCGCUUUAAGUCAACGCUCUGCACUUCCUCAAGAUUAAAAGCAAUUAAUAAAAGACCCAGAAGAAGCUGCUAUGUGGACGGAAGCUCUUACCUACUGCAUGAUGGAGUAGGGUAAUAAAAGGUCUGUCUCAUCUGGAUUUGUCACGACUAAUGCACACAGAAAAGGAGACUUUUGCACGGGAGACAGUUAUUAAAUAAAUCCUUCUUGACUUUCCAAGAUCUGACGGCUUCCUUUGCUUCUGUUUCUAUUCAAUGCACGCACCUGUAUGAGAAGUAAUGCAUGUGUAAGGUGUUCAAAAAUCCUGUUGAUAUGAAACCUAAAGAUGGAGGGACGUCAGAUCCUUCUGCUGUGAGCGAAGAAACAGAGACACGUUUUAUUUAAUGGUUUAUUUUAGUUAAUCUUCACAGUUGUCCUGGUACAUAUUACUGUCUGUCACUAUAUGUUAUACCUUUUCUAAAUGCAGUUAUA